AUGGAAAAUCCUCCAUCGGAGGUAAUGCCUGAAGGAGAACAACCCCAAACUUUUGCGCUUUUAGAUUCAUUUUCGUUCAAUGUAGACAUUUUUUACAAUCAACAUUUAUUGCCAUCGGUUAAAGAGAAAAUCCUGAGCGUAGUCAGCAAUGAAGCAGAGCAGUGGUUAGGCUGUGCAAUGACUUACACACUGUUUGAAGCGCUCAAAGAGAAAGCGUCAGAAAUAUUAGCGGAGCAGACUGAAGAAGCAGUGGUCGCUGCUAAAGUUGAGAAGAUAGUGAUUGAUGAUCAGACUGAAUCGAAGAAGCCUGAAAAGCGGGAACAACUGACUAAGGCUCAAAAACGUAGGGCGUGGGAUCGCGCCGAGCUGGGGAGAGGGGGGGAGAAACCCAGGGGGUGGGACUGGGUCGACAUUGUCAAACAUCUCUCGCAAGUUCCCCACCAGCCCGCAUCAUGA